UGACACAGCUAUGAAGAGACUGCAGCACAUGUUGUGCAACAAAAGCAACGUCACUUUACAUCUACAGGAAUGAGUGAGAGCGAGAGAGAGCGAGAGAAAAAAGACAGGCUGAUGAGGGGACUACAGUUUACAGCGGCUAUAAUUGCAGCAAUUAGCCACACCCACAAAGACACAGAAAUCAAGCCAACCUAAAAUUUCGCCACACUUGUUACGUCAGAGUGUGGAUAUAAUAAACCUGCGGUGUUUGUGCAGCAUCUCCACCGUCUGUCAGAGCGAAGAUCUUGAUCCAUCCAACAUGGCUUUCCGUGGCGAGUUUCUUAAGCAGGUUAUAUAUCUGGGUGUACCUGAUGAUGUUGGUUGUCAGGGGACUGUGAUACUAUUCCCUCAGUUUAACCCAGCCGGAGAUGCGGCCUUUCUGGACCAAGCCAUCAAGACAAAGGGUGUAGAUGAGGACACCAUCAUCAAUAUUCUCGUGAAGCGGACCAAUAAUCAGAGGCAGCAGAUCAAAGCUGCGUAUCAGAAGGCCACUGGCAAGCCCCUCGAUGUCGCUCUGCAGGCAGCACUGAAAGGUGAGCUGGAGGAUGUGGUUCUGGCUUUGCUCAAGACUCCUGCUCAGUAUGAUGCCCAGCAGCUCAAACUGGCCAUUAAGGGCUUGGGUACAGAGGAGGACACCUUGAUUGAGAUUUUGGCCUCCAGAUCCAAUAAGGAGAUCAGAGACAUCAAACAUGCCUACAAGGAGGAAUUCAAGAAGGAGCUGGAGGCCGACAUUAAGUCUGACACGAGCGGAUACUUCAGGGAUUGCCUUCUGGCUCUCUGCAAGGCUACCAGAAGUGAGGACAAGACUGUGCAUGCAGAUCUGGCUGAAAAAGACGCCAAGGAUCUCUAUGAGGCCGGAGAGAAGAGGAAAGGCACCGACUGCUCUGUGUUCAUCAACAUCCUGACCAGCAGGAGCGCUCCUCAACUCAGAAAAGUUUUUGAAUGCUAUUCCAAGUUCAGCAAAGUGGAUAUGGCCAAAGCAGUUGACCUGGAGCUAAAGGGAGACAUUGAGAACCUUUUGGUUGCCAUUGUCAAAUGUGCUGGAAGCAAACCUGCUUACUUCGCUGAAAAACUCAACCUGGCAAUGAAGGGCUCCGGCUACAGAGGGAAGAUCCUGACCCGCAUCAUGGUGAGCCGCUCGGAGAUCGACAUGGUGCAGAUCAAGAAUGAAUACAAGAAGAAAUACGGCAAGACUCUCUACAAGGACAUUCUGGACGACACCCAGGGUGACUAUGAGAAGAUCCUGCUGGCAUUGUGUGGAAGUGAUCAGUAAACUGCAGCACCUGUUUCUGUUCAUUGUGAAGAUACUUAUUUUCCACAUAAAAAAGAAAAACUCAUAAUGAAUUAAGUGAUCAUCAAGCACAUUUGUGAUUAAAGAAUGAAAUUUCUUUGAGUGCCA